ACAGGAAAGGCAGCAGACACCUGCAGUCUUGUUGCCAUUUAGCCAGGCAGUAGUUUUCUCAUUGGCACACAUGUCAGCCAGAAGUCAAAUUUAAUUUCUUGCGAAUCAGCAGAAGGAGCUUCAGUCAGUUUCUAGUAUCAAUUCAUCUGAGAUGGAUGGAUAUCGGGGCAGGCCAUCGCGGCGACUACCACCAAAGAGCUAUCAGGAGGAGGUGGUCGUCAGUGACGAUGACAUUCGCGCUGACCCGUACGACUUUCAGGAUGAGGAUCAGGAGCACGCUCAGCUGCAAAGAGCUAUGGAUAUCAGUCGCAAGACGUAUUCCGACAGUCAGAAUGAUGACGAAGAGUCUCAACUUCAGCAAGCACUGGAGAUGAGCAAGCGAGAUACAAUCGUGAAUGCGGCCGAGUCCAGACUUCCGCACAAUUCCUCAACGUUAUCCACUGGGUGGAUGGGGAAAUCGCCGACAGGAGCAGAUGCGCCUCAGGCCAAAGUACCUGCCGCGAAAGUGUUACGUCGGCAGAAGCUUCAGCGAAGCGCUGCUGCAUUGUCCAGCACAUCAGGUAAUUGCAGACAAGACACUGCUAGAAACCAUAAGCCACCGGUUUUGGGUGUCGUAUCACCAGUAGUUGCUGCUGCUGCUGUACCAGGUAUUGUACCAACGUUAAGCGUUUCUGAUGACGAUGAUGAUGAGCAGGAGGAGGUGGCGAGGGCGGAGGUAAGCAGAGGCGAGAGCACUGCCCACUCCUCAAGCUCCUCACCCAUCGGUGAUUUCCGCUCCCAGGUUGCUGCGCACUCUGGUGCAUACCAACUACCAAGAAAAGUUGCUUUAGUGCGUGGACGGACGCCGCUGAAGCGUCCUGCAUCUGGUCUGCCUGCAACUUCUCCCGCAACGCUGGAAGCAGAUUCCGACGAGUUAACACCACGGAUUCUACCGGACAGUGAUGAUGGCACUGACAGCACAGUAAGCGGUCAACUUACACCGCAUGUCAGCUCACCAUUACAGCAGAGGGAUUUGUCGCCAUUCGAGCCGGACAAUUCCGACAGUAUGGUUCGGCCACCAGUGAAAACGCUCGCCCUCUCCACAGAGAACUUGACCACUUCGAUCUCGCCGCCGCGCCUACCUGUGAAUAGCGCAAGCAGCUCCAGCGUCCCGGGGAAAAGUCAGCGGCAGAGAAAGAAGACCUCGCGUAACACCACGGGCCAGUCUACUGGUCGCAAUGGUGGAGAGGGUACUACUCAGUGCUUUGUCAAGUGUAUUCCACGCCAUCUUUAUACUCAGCCGGCUGAAUGUGCAGAGAAGCAGCCUACUUGGCUGCUCAACUAUAUACCAAAGAUAGAAACUAAACACUCUACAGAGGAACCACCCAAGGCUGGUGGCGAUGUCUUCCGGUAUCAGUACGGUGUCGUGCCGAGCUCAGUGCCCACGUGUAUUGCCGCCAGCGUGCUGCGCGGCAGGCUCUUCUGUCCCGAGCCAGGACCGGAGGUGUGCGAUGACGUGUGCCGGCAGCUAGCCAUGUGUCCGGAGCGCUUGGACGCCGACCUGCGUCGCCGGCGUCGUCAUCUCACCACUCAGCUGCUGAUCAGGCUGCACGAGUGGCAGCGCUGCUAUGUGCAGAGCGUGCAACCGCUUCUCAAUGACUUUGCACCCGUUGCAGACCCGCCCGGCUUCGUUGCACCCAGCACGGGGAAAGCAGCAGUGCCACUGCCUCUGCCAUCAUCCAAGUCCUCUCCGAAGUCACCCAAGGUGUCGCCCUACACGUUCAAGCAGGACUCCUCUCGCAAGCUGGGAACCGAAGCAUCUCGCGAGGCCUGGAGUCAAGUGCUUCCAUCAUCGGGAGCGGUUCCGUCAGGUCCGUCGAAAUCCAGGUCCACAACCACUUCAUCAUCAUCCCAGUCACAGAAACACAUUUCCUUCUCGCCAAGCAACGCCUCACUGUCCACGAAUCGUCGGGUCUUGUCCAAAAAACCGAACAAGAACCAGGCCUCCAAUGACACUGGGAGUAUCAAAAAGUUCAUGACUGAAGAGGCCACUACGUCAGCACCUACAUUAGCAACUACAUCAGCACCUGCUCUAAAGCGGAACCACUCACCUGAGGUCCGUCCUCUGGGGAGUUCUGAUGAGGACGAAGUCAUCGGUCUCUAUCGUCCAGCGGCAAAACGGAAAUCUUUCUCCACGGCCAAUGUUCAUGCGCGAGCCCCCGAGCACGGCCACCGGAGUAAUGCUGCCUCUCCUACAGCACACCAUGACACGGCUUUGAGCAGGCAUAGUACUACACCUGGCACUACGCCUGUCACUACACCUGUCAGUAAGCGCAAGCAGGCAGCAAGUAGCUCCAGUCCUGCUCCUGCCAAGCGCCACCGUCCAUCAUCACCCAUGUCUCGUGCCGAUGCGGCUACUAUUGCUAGGUUAGCAGCAGGUGGAAGUAGCCCCGGUGUCAAUUGUCCAAGUCGCCGCCAGUGUACUACACCAAAGUUACAAAUGACGGCGGGGUUGUCCUCUCAAUACGAAGGUCUGUUUGAUGAUGAAACAGGGCAAGAAUCACCAGAUGUUGGUGAGACACUAGCUGAGGAAGACCUGACAGAAGCUGAAAGCAUCGAGUAUCCUCCUUCCACGAAGACUGUCAUUAGUCAGGAUGUGGAGUGUCCCAUGUGCCAUGGACAGUUUCCAAAGUCGGAAGUCGAGGCCCAUGCCUCGGAAUGUAAUGGGAUAGAUCCAAGACAGAAACCUAAGCGUUCUGUCUCAUCCUUUCGCAGACGCCUCGAUUCAGAUGAUGACGACUUUGCCGGCAACGGCAAGAAUUACUCACAGUUUGGUGCUGCCCAUGAUAGUUCGAGUCCUGGCCAGAAUCGCCGAAAAUUCUACUCACGCCGGCUAACAGACGAUGGUUGAGACCACGACAUCCCACCCAGUGGGUGCACACGCGUGUGUCAGGUUCCAUCCUCACGAACACCAGCUUUCUUGUGCGUAGAUAACCCCUGUGGUAGAAUGCCUAGUCUCCCCCUCUAACACUGCUUUGUUAUGCAGUUCCCUGGAUGCAGAUGCCCUGUUGCUGUGGGAUGAGCCAAUUAUCCGUACACAUAGCGGUCGCUGCUUCUGCUGUUCUUCUCUUCAUCGCGGGCUUGUUCUCGGCUGACCUAAUACUCUCCUCACUGCUGUCUUGUUCUCGGCUGACCUAAGCCUCUCCUCACUGCUGUCUUGUUCCCAGCUGACCUAAGCCUCUCCUUACUGCUGUCUUGUUCUCAGCUGACCUAAGGUUCUCCUUACUGCUAUCUUGUUCCCAGCUGACCUAAGCUUCUCCUCACUGCUAUCUUGUGCCCAGCUGACCUAAGGUUCUCCUCACUGCUAUCUUGUUCCCAGCUGACCUAAGCUUCUUCUCACUGCUAUCUUGUUCCCAGCUGACCUGAGGUUCUCCUCACUGCUGCCUUGUUCCCAGCUGACCUAUUAUUAUAAAGCUUCUCCUCGUUGCUACCGUCUUGUUCUCGUCUGACGUAACUCUUCCAGCAGCUGUUCAUCAGCUAUGAAUUGGUUUACUUAUUCUUCUCUCAACACAUUCAGUUUGGAUUUUUUCUGCCCAACCUCUUUUUUGAAGUGUACACCACGCGUUGGCUCGGUCUCUCUCCGUGAUGAUUUCACUCGGUCUCUCUCCGUGAUGAUUUCACUCGGUCUCUCUCCGUGAUGAUUUCACUCUGCGCCAGUGUUGUUUGCCAAUACUAGUAGCAGUAGUAGGCCUGAACCUUUGUGUUUCGAAAAGAGCAAAUGGCUGCAAGAGAAAUAGCUACAACGUGCAGUUCUUAUCUGCAUACGCCAGUAUUCCUUUUCGAUGUUUUUGAGUUUUGUAUUUGUCGCUGUUGUUGUACAGACAUACUGCUAUAACGUUAUUAUGAGAUUACUCUUUCUUUUAUCUUUAAAAAAAAACGGAAUAGUUUUUUUCUUCUUCAUGCAACUCCACCUUUUUUUUUAUAGAUUUCUGGAGUACCAUAUGCUGAGAGAAUGUCAAUGUACAACCAAGAAAAGACGAUCACUCCAGCAA